ACUGUUAUGUGACUUUUUUCCUCGAUUGCAUCGCUCGUUUUUAACCGCUGAAUAUUUCAACCGAAGUCCUUUACAAACUCUGCGCACAACCAAUGAUGACAUCCAAAGAAGUGGCCAAAUGUGAUGCAGUGGAAAACAGGAGGCGAAGUCCGCUGGACCACUUGCCGCCUCCUGCCAACUCCAACAAGCCGCUGACCCCCUUCAGCAUCGAGGACAUCCUGAACAAACCGUCUGUGAAACGAAGUUACACAAUUUGCGGCACAGCUCAUUUAAUUUCGUCCUCUGAGAAGCACCGUCCGUCCAGCAUCCCUCUGUCCAGCCGGGCUCUCCUCAACCAAACCUCCCCGCUCUGCGCGCUAGAGGAGCUGGCCAGCAAGACUUUCAAGGGGCUGGAAGUCAGCGUUUUACAGGCUGCGGAAGGCCGGGACGGGAUGACUCUGUUCGGCCAGAGAAGCACCCCGAAGAAGCGUCGGAAGUCUCGGACGGCGUUCACCAAUCACCAAAUCUACGAGCUGGAGAAGCGCUUCCUGUACCAGAAGUACCUGUCCCCGGCCGACCGGGACCAGAUCGCUCAGCAACUGGGCCUGACGAACGCGCAGGUCAUCACGUGGUUUCAGAACCGGAGGGCCAAGCUAAAACGGGACCUGGAGGAGAUGAAGGCCGACGUGGAGUCGGCCAAAGCCGUCGGCCAGGUCCCCUUGGACAAGCUCGCCAAGCUGGCGGACCUGGAGAAAUGCGCCAACGGCACGCUGGGCCACCCGCGAGCCGAUUCCCCCGCGCGGGGUGGCCAGCAGGAGCUCGAGCUCGCCCAGAAACUGCGGAACUCGCCGCUGUCUCCGUUCUCAGACCACACAACUAGUAAAGAGUGCUCAGAGGACGAGGACGUGGAGAUUGAUGUGGAUGACUGAUGUCGCAGCGUGGGGUUGGAAGGUCGAGAAACACAAAAAGACGAUUAAAAAAAAAUCCUACCGAGGACUUGUAACUUACUGCUUAUAUUGUAUACCAUAUCUCAGAACAUGUACCAAAAU